GAGCGCAGAGCGGGCGCUGCUGUGGGCGAAGCGCGGUGUGCGGGGCUCCGCGGCGCUGUUCUUCGUGGUGCUGAUCGCUAUGGGGUCUGAGACGAGGCCAGGGAGGACGCAGUGGCUGCUCUUCACGUUGGUGAUCCUGUGCUCCCCAGCACUGGGCAGGGGUAACGUGCACACCUCCAGUCCUAAAGUGGAUGUUGCUGAGAAUAAAUCUGUCAUGUUGUACUGCUCCUACUCGGGCUUUACCUCGCCCCGUGUAGAGUGGAAGUUUACCAACAGGACUGGCACCACUCUUGUCUGCCACGACAGUAAGAUUACCGCUUCCUUUGAGGAUCGAGUCAAACUCUCGGAUUCUAACAUCUACUUCAAUUCUGUGACCCGGAGAGACAAUGGGACAUACACCUGUAUGGUCACUGACCCCAGUGGCAACACCUAUGGGGAGGUCAACAUCUAUCUCACUGUGCUUGUGCCUCCAUCCAAGCCAACAGUCAGUGUCCCCACAUCGGCCACCAUCGGGAGCCGGGCAGUGCUGAUCUGCUCAGAGACUGAUGGUUCCCCACCCUCCAAGUACUCCUGGUACAAGGAUGGGGUGCAGAUACCUUUAGAGCCCAAGAGCAACCGCGCUUUCAGCAACUCUUCCUAUACCCUGAAUGAACAGACAGGGGAGCUGAUCUUUGAUCCUGUGACGGCUGCUGAUACUGGAGACUACUUUUGCCUGGCACAGAAUGGGCAAGGGUCACCCAUGAAGUCAGAGAUCGUGCGCAUGGAAGCUGCGGAGUUGAAUGUGGGGGGCAUUGUGGCAGCUGUCCUGGUGACCCUCAUUCUCCUUGGACUGUUGAUCUUUGGUGUGUGGUUUGCCUACAGCCGAGGCUACUUUGACAAAGCAAAGAAGGGGACCUCAAGUAAGAAGGUGAUUUAUAACCAGCCCACCACCCGCAGCGAGGGGGAUUUCAAACAAACCUCCUCCUUCCUGGUGUGACCCUGGCCGGCUGUCUCCUGUCCUCUGCUUGCCUUACUUACUCAGGUGCUACCAGACUCUGGCCCCUGACUCUGUAGUUCACAGGAUGCCUUACUUCUCACCCCCACAGGGACCUCUGUUAUCUUAGUGAGGAUGUGUUUUUAAUACUGUUAACCCCUUCCUCUUUCACACCCUCCCUUACCUUCCCACCACUGCUGAGUGGCCUGGGACUUGUUUAAAGCUUUCGUUUCCCACCACCACAAGGGAUCAGGCAACAGUCAACCAGUGAUGCAUGUUGUUUCCCUUCCAAGCAGAUGGUGGGGGUGGUGGGCACUCACUCCCCACACCGGACGAUAGUGGCCGUUGAAUGGGAAUCUCAAGCCCAGUUCCUUGGCUUUCCUCCUGUACUGAGGCUAGUCCCAGCUGUUCUAAUGGGGAUGGGCAGCUGGAGCAGCAAAAAUGAGUGUUUGGGGGUGAUGUCACGUCUCUUCGUUCACCGGAGCCCAUCUUCUGACUUCCCAUGGGAGUGCCAUGAAGACCCUCUUGAACACAAGCAGACCAAACCCGACUGUGUUGGUAGCAAAGAUGGGAGCUUUUGUUGAGAACAUGCUGAGCUUUCAGGAGGCAAAGCUGUAAAGCGAUAUACCACUGAUGCAAAGAACUGGAGCUGGUUCUCAAGCCAUCACUCUUCCCUUGGCUGGAACAACUGGACAGAUCCUUUUAUGAUGUCUAUGGGGACCUGUGAGGUUGUCUUAGUUCUUUGAUGAGCUCAAGUAUGCAUGACAUGUGUGUGGGCAUGCGCGCACCCGCGUUGUCUUAGCUCUGUGAUGAAAUCGAAUGGGAGGAGGGCUUCUGAGUACUUUGAUGAGAUUGUGUGUGUGUGUGUGUGUGUGUAUUUGUAUAUAGCCAUUUGUUGCUGGAAAUAAAAAUCUGGUAUGUCAAAGCUGCUUGUUGUAGGGAGUGGGGGUAGUGAGGUACCCUUGCUCCAUUGUACAAACAGGUCCCCUAAAGCUCUGCUUCCCAGCUACCUGUGCUGUCCCCACCCUGUUCACUCCCUGGUUCCUGUGCAAGCACUGGACCACAUUCCAGAACAAUCUGAGACACGCCUUCCUUACUGGGAGUUGCCAGGGUGAUGCUGCUGUGCUUUGGGGUUCUGCUUGGCCUCUUUAAUUCCAGUGAGAGGAGAAAGUCCCCCCUCCUACCCCACUCCAACUAGGUGCAUUAAUGGGCUUCUCUAAGACCACAGGAAGACCCUCUCUAAGGCCUGUGGUAGGGGGAUUCUCACAUUUGAAAAACCACUUUAGUAGUAGGGUAGAAUAGUGACUACACUUUAUUUAGUGGGGUGGGUAUUUGAGAAAAUUUGAGCGCACAAUUAAGGACAAGCAGGGUGGCCCAUCAUUGCUUUGCUCAUUCCCAUCUGGAUGCUUCCUUGCCCUUAAGUUUCUAUUUUCCUUCCACCACAAUACCCUAGUCUAUUUAUUAACUAGCAAGAGGGCAAAUUGGGGUCCUGAUCUUGCUUCCAGUGGUGAGUAUUAAAGCCAUAUUCUAUUAUCUGGAAAUCCCUAGCAGAAUUUCGGUUUCUUCUCUGUCAGAGAUACAAAAGGAAAAACAAAUCAAACCAUCAAUUAAGGGUCAUGCAUCAAUUAAAAAAAAAUAAAAUUUCCAGAUGGAAAUGAAAUCUAAUUAGACAAUAAAAGAAAUUAUAAAACGGUUCAGCAAGAAUGAGAUUUUUAAAGUAUGUUUCAGUUCUGUGUCAGGGUUGGGAGAGGGUGGGAGGGGAUGUGGAGGAAAGGCCAUAGGAAGCAGAUGAGUUGGCUCCUGUGGGUCUGAGGUGAAUGGCUGCCCCCUCCCUGGGUCACUGUCUUGAGUGUGAGUCAGUUAUAAUCCGCCUUGGACUUUACAUCUCCACUUGUAACAACUGGGUUGGGAGACACCCUGUCUGCUUUCAUUUUAGAAUGUUGAAACUAAUUUUUGUAAUAAAUGUUUAUUUUUCACAUUGACUUUGUUUAAAUCCUGAAUUAAAAGAAUUGGGACUUCCAGAGUGACUUGGACAUUCAAAGUCUUCCUGAUAGUUUUGUUGAUGAAGAGGUAAGGGACAGGGCCUCCCUGGUGGCCUACGGGUUAAGUCUCAGUGCUACCACCACAGAGGCCUACUGAGAAGGCCUGAGUUUGAUCCCUAGUCAGGGAGCUAACCCACAUGGUGCAACAGACCUCUCCUAUUACACCCACUG